AUGGCGCUAAAUAUAACGCGAACCUGGGCAGCAGCUGGCGUUUUCCCUCCCUUUAGUUUACAAUGGAUUUUGGAUAAACAAGAUCUGUUGAAGGAACGCCAGAAGGACUUGAAAUUUCUGACUGAAGAAGAAUAUUGGAAACUACAGAUAUUUUUUACUAAUGUUAUCCAGGCUUUAGGUGAACAUCUUAAAUUAAGACAACAAGUUAUUGCCACUGCUACAGUCUACUUCAAGAGAUUCUAUGCCAGAUAUUCCCUAAAAAGUAUAGAUCCAGUAUUAAUGGCUCCUACGUGUGUGUUUUUGGCAUCCAAAGUAGAGGAAUUUGGUGUUGUUUCAAAUACAAGGUUGAUUUCUGCUGCUACAUCUGUAUUGAAAACUAGGUUUUCGUAUGCCUUUCCGAAGGAGUUUCCUUAUAGGAUGAACCAUAUACUAGAAUGUGAAUUCUAUCUCUUAGAAUUAAUGAAUGAUGUCCACGCAGGUCUAACAUUUACAUUUUCAGCAGAAUGCCGUCAUUACUGUGCUGUCAUCUAG